UUUAAUCAACAAAAUUGUUGCUCCGCCAGCAGCACCGGAAGUUGCAUCAACUAUGGACUUAGAAUUGAAGCUCGGUGAUGAGAUUGAAGCAAACCAAGUUAUUUCUGUUGGUAAGAAAGAUGAUUAUAAGGUGAUUAGGAAUGAAUGUUAUUUUAAAAACAAUUUGGAAGAAUUGGAUGAAUAUGAUAACCCAUUUCCUUCUUGGGAGAUGAAGGAGUUGUGA